AUGAAAAAAAGAAAAGAAGAUGACAAAAGCAACAUCGUGUUUGUUGGCGGGUUGCGGAAGAGCACGACGGAGGAUAAAGUGGCUGGUCACUUUUCCAAGUUCGGCCAAGUCGAUAGUGUAGACAUCAAAAGGCUACCAGACGGCACAUCUCGAGGGUUUGCCUUUGUCAAGUUUGUAGAGGUUGAAUCCAUCGCAAAGGUCUUGGAGGCCCAGAGUAGUCACAUGAUUGACAACAAGUGGGUGGCAGUCAAGCCGCACGGUGGAACUGCAUUCACGGAAGAUAAGAACCGAGAAAGAGCCAAG